AUGUCCGCCUUAAACGAAAUGCUUACUCGAGAGCGGCCCGGGCCAUGGCAAAGGUUCCGCGCUCGCCCAUGUGUUUUCCUCGCACAGAAGCUUUACAGUUGGCAUCAGCCCCUUCCAGCUACCCCAGUCACACGUCCUAUUGCUAUUGUCUGCAUCUCCGAUACUCACAACACUCAAAUCAGUAUUCCAGACGGAGAUGUCCUGAUCCAUGCAGGUGAUCUAACACAAUCGGGGUCUUUUCAAGAGCUCCAAGCGGCACUCACAUGGCUUAACGCUCAGCCUCAUUCUACCAAAAUCGUAGUUGCUGGCAACCAUGAGCUUUUACUUGAUGAAGCACAAGAUGGUUCAUCAAACCAAGCAGCUUCUGAGCGGGCUCAACUCGACUGGGGUAAUAUCACCUACCUAGAAAAUCAAGAAACAACAUUUUCUUGUUCAAAUGGUCGUCAGCUUCGAGUCUAUGGAAGUCCUUACACUAUACGCCAUGGUAAUUGGGCAUUCCAAUACCCCCAGGAUCAAGACGUAUGGACAAGCUCAGUACCAGAUGGAAUCGACAUACUGAUCACCCAUGGCCCACCACUCGCCCAUCUAGACUUACUCAAGUUUGGCUGUGCUCAUUUACUACGGACACUCUGGAGGGUGAAACCAAGACUGCAUGUCUUUGGGCAUAUUCACGAAGGUGUAGGCACCGAUUGGAUGUUGUUCAAUGGCCUUCAAUCUGCGUAUGAGCGCACUGUCUCUGCCGGAGGAGGCGUUACCAAUCUUCUUUCUACGGCAUGGGAGCUCAUCAAGGCGUAUUUCCGCCCACCUACGGAAGCACAAUGCCUGCUUGUGAAUCCCUCCAUUGUUGGAGGUUUGCGGGACCAUGAGAGGAGACAACCUAUCAAAGUCUUUAUCUAA